GAGAGGGAGGGAGGAAAAGCGUAUUUCUCUCAAAGUUGUAGCACUGCGCUUCUCUGUGAAUGUCUCCUGCCUGUUAAAACGCUGCUAUUACACAUCCAGACCAAAAGGAACUUUUAUCGUAAUUAAUGGGAUAUACAUGUGAUUUUGCCGUACGAGGAUUCGUUUUUCGUUGAACUAAAGACGUUUAAAAUAUCGCAAUGUCUCGAGUAGCGGAUCUGUCGAAACUUCGCCAGGAAAGGAUGAGAGAGAUCAGUCAGCGGAAUAAGGAGAAGGAACGCAUGAGGGAGCGGGAGAGAGAAGCCAGAGAGCGAGAGGCACGCUACAGUAAUGGCCACCUCUUCAACUCACUCACCGUGUCUGGGACGACACUCUGCUCGGCCUGCAACAAGAGCAUCACCGCUAAGGAGGCCCUCAGUUGCCCUACUUGUAAUGUCACCAUCCACAACCGCUGCAGGGACACGCUACCAAACUGUGUCAAAAUGAAACAAAAGCAACAGAAAAUGGCGCUGAUCAGGAACAAUUCGGCCUAUCAGAAUGUGACUCUGAGGAAUAGAGCCCAAUUAAGGGAAAGGCCCAGCUCUGCCAUUUACCCCUCAGACAGUCUCCGUCAGUCACUACUCGGAUCACGUCGCGGCCGGUCCUCUCUCUUACUUUCCAAGAGCGUCUCCACCAAUAACAUUGCAGGUUUAAUGACUCUGAAUGAUGACUAUCCUCUGGGGCUGCGCAGGAUCUUGUCUCAAUCCACAGACUCACUCAACUUCAGGAGCAGAACCAUGUCCAUGGAGUCCCUCAAUGAUGAGGGAGAGGGCUUCUUCAACUCUCUGCUGGAAGAUUUGGAGUUUGAAGGCCAGGAAUUUGAAGCAGAUUCCUGGAGCAUGGCGGUAGAUUCCACCUACUUGCAGACCCACCGUAAAGAUGUUAUCAAGAGACAGGACGUCAUCUAUGAGCUGAUCCAGACGGAGCUCCAUCACGUCCGGACCCUGCGGAUCAUGGAGGGUGUGUUCAGGCGGGGUAUGCUGGAGGAGGUGCAGCUGGAGCCGGGGGUCGUGCAUGCGCUGUUCCCCUGCCUGGAGCGCCUGUUGACGAUACACACACACUUCCUCACGCAGCUCCUCGAACGACGCGCUCACAGCCUGCAACCUGAAAGCACAAACAAUUUCACCAUCAAUCAGAUCAGCGAUGUGCUAAUAAAACAGUUCUCAGGUCAGUGUGCGGACGAGAUGCUGAAGACGUAUUCUGAGUUCUGCAGUCGUCAUAUAAAGGCUGUGAAACUAUACAAAGAACUUUUGGCCAGAGACAAGAGACUUCAGCUCUUUAUACGGAGGGCGAAUCGGGGUCCUCUACUGCGUCGCCACGGAUUCCAGGAGUGCAUCCUGUUGGUCACCCAGCGCAUCACUAAAUACCCCGUCCUAGUGCAACGUAUAUAUGACAACACCAAAGACAAUCCAGAGGAAGCUUCAGGUCUGUCACAUGCGUUGUCUUGUAUGCGGGAGCUGCUCAGUUCGGUGGACCAGCAGGUGUUGGAGCUAGAAAGGACACAUCGGCUGCAAGAGAUCCGCUCCCGGGUCGACCCGCGGUCCGAGGCCAAACUCCGCUCUGGAGCCUUGUUCAGACCAGCCGAACUGCUCCGGAGGCAGCUGAUACACGAAGGCACGCUGCUCUGGAAAACGCCCGGCUCUCGGCUCAAAGAUGUUCAGGUUUUGUUGAUGACUGACAUUCUAGUUUUCUUGCAAGAGAAAGAUCAACGGUACAUCUUUGCCAGUUUGGAUAAGUCUGCUGUGGUGUCACUGCAGAAUCUCUUGGUCCGAGACAUAGCCAAUCAAGAGCGAGGGUUGUUCCUGAUAAGCAGUGAGUCUAGCCCACCUGAGAUGUAUGAGCUCUAUGCUGCCUCGAAAGAAGACAGAAACAUUUGGUUACGGCACAUACAGCAAACCAUCAGCAGCUGUCCAUCAAGAGAAGAAUUCCCUCUUAUAGAAACAGAAGACAAGGCCCUUCUGCGGAGACUAAAAGCUGAUAUCCAACAGAAGGACAGGGAGGUGUUAGAGCUGCUUCAGGAGCGGGUCACCCUGUUCUCUGACUUGGCGGAGGUCAUGGGAGGUUACGAGGUCAUGCAGCCGUCCUGUUCCAGAAACCUGUUUAGAGCCGAGUCUUCUCAGGCACUGCGUGGAGAACAGCUGCUCACGCAGGCCAUUACUGAGGUGGACAGAUUGACAGAGCUGAUAUUAGGAUCCAGUUUUGAGGUUCCUCUGCCCUGCGGUUCCAACGGCCAUCACAACCACAGUGGGGCGCUAGUAAUCAAUGGACAAGAGGUAUUAGUCAAUGGCUCUCAGGAGAACCAAACUGCUCAGGAUGGUAAUGGGAAUCAAAUGGAGGACAAGUCACCAAGCGAGGAGGUAUCACAAAGGCUGGUGAAUCUCAGUGCUCAGUUACACGUUCUGCAGGGUGUGGUGAUCCGACAGGACUCCAUCUUAGAGCUCUGCCUAAGAGAGAGCCCUGUCUCCCCAGCCAUCCCAGGGGCUCGUACAGUUCGCUCUUUGUCCCGGGAUAGUGCCAGUGACAUGGGCUCGCUGGGUGAGCUGGCCCUGCUGCAACGCCAGCACAGUCUCCUGCAGGAGGAGCUCGGACGCCUCAGGGGAGCCGAGGGCAAACUCAGGGAAAGCGAGAGAGCCAGAGCCCAGCUGGAGAAACAGCUCAGGGAUCAGAAGACCCAUAGCGCCUCUCUAGGGGAUGGAGCUGGAACUACACGAUCACAGGCCCCACCAACACGCAAAGAGAGUGACACUGACCCCAACACUGACACACCAUUGGCUAGCCAGGGAUCGAUGGAGCAAUCAGACGGCCUGCAGGAAUCCAGUGAUGUGGAAGUGGACGUAAUAUCUGAUGAUGAUGACGAUGACGAUGAGGUGGAUUCGAGGGUGUCUCCUCGUUCAGAAAGCCCCAGAGAUCUGCAGGACAUUCCUGAAGAGAGCGAGUCCACGACAGACCGGGACCGAGAGGUUUCGCACUGCUAAUGUAUUUUUGAUUUCUCAACCCAAGACUGGCCUGGAACAGACUAUAGACUCCAUGAGCAGAUCUUCCACCAAACAGGGAAGAAUCUUACUUAGUUUAUGAAUAUUCAUUUCAUUAUAUACAUACAGUAUUUAGUUGUAUCCAGUAGUUUUGCUUACAGCUUCUGUGUGGCCGUUUAUGACAUGUUAAUAUUCAACAUGUCUUCUUGGAAUCCAAACAUAUGGCUUUUGACAUCCACGGACCAAUAAGGAUAUGCCAAAGCACCGUGAUGUAGAUGGAGUCAUGCAAAUAAUGGGACUUUGCACUUGAUAGUUGUCUUAAAAUUCUUAAAGUAUCUAAAUAAACCAAACAUAACUGAUCCGGCUCAAGGGUACCGGCAAAAACCGUUGAGAUUUAUGUACUGUAUGUGAGAUCAUUGUACCGAUGCUGGAGCAUGCAAAACGUUCUUGUUCGUGAGAGGUCAUUGUAAAGAAAUGUCUCUUUCUUGCGCUUUAUUUUACAUUUAUUUAUUUUCCUUUAUUUUGAAUGGAAGGAUCAAUUGUUUCAGGCAUGUUGAAGCAGUUAGAAAGAAGCCAUAACUUGAAAUAUACCAACUUAAUAUACUGGGACCAAAACUACUGGCUCUAUAACAAAAAAUGACUAUUUCAGAGACUUGAGGGAUUUUUUUAUGAAGGACUUAUAUUGCAAUUUAUAGCAAUAUAUAUUUACAUCUAUAGCAAUGAUCUUAAUAAACCCAGGAAGGUUAUUAUGAUAGAGUAGUAUGAUAUUAUAAAUGGUUCCUCAACCCACAGUGUGUGUUAAUGGGGAAUACUUUGUAAAUAAAAGACGAUUUAUUGAUUAAAAUAGAUCACAUCACCAAAAUCUGCCAGUAACGCCAACAUUUGAUGUGUCUUAACUAUAGUUUUGCUUAUGUUUUAAUUUUGUUUAAGAAUGUUUUUUUGCCACUACUUGACUAUAUGUGCCAAAAUGUGCUUGGCUGAAUAUUGCUGAAAUAUAUGCUUUUAUUUUAGCCAGUUCAACAUUUCAGGAAGCAACGUCUUAGAAAUUAUUGUAGGAUGAUAUUCUUCAUGUUUUGAAGUAACUAUAAGAAAACAUAGGAUUUACUGAAGUCACACACAAAUGUUUGUAUUGAAAAUGACAGAAACAUUGUUGAAAUGUUCAUACAGUGUUUCAGAUAUAUCGAAGUGGAUCAAAUAAAAACUGUUGGCAUACAACAUCA